AUGGAUAUUCAUGAUUUAUCCGAAGAAGCUAAAAGAGGACCAUACACGUCCGAGGAAUCAUCCGAUGAUCUUUGUGUUGAUUCUCGAGGUCGACCAUGCAGGCCAAGCAAGCAUGGUGGUCCAAGAGCUGCUCUCUUUGUUCUAGGAACGGUGUUUCUUCUCUCGCUUCUUGGUGGCUUCCUCUCUGAUUCAUACCUUGGAAGCUUUCGCACCAUGGUCGUCUUCGGCGUAGUAGAAAUCUCUGGAUUCAUAUUAUUGUCAGUCCAAGCUCAUCUCCCAGCGCUAAGGCCACCAGAAUGCAACAUGAAGAAUACUAAAAUACAUUGCAUAGAGGCAAAUGGUUACCAGGCGGCCACUCUCUAUGCCUCACUCAGUUUGGUGGCCUUAGGGAGUGGCUGUCUCAAACCAAACAUCAUAUCUCACGGUGCGGACCAGUUUCAAAGGAAAGAAAUGAGGAAGCUAUCGAGUUUCUUCAACGCGGCUUACUUUUCCUUCUCAAUGGGUCAGCUUAUUGCACUCACGCUCCUUGUUUGGGUGCAGACGCAUUCCGGCAUGGACGUUGGUUUUGGUGUCUCGGCGGCUGUUAUGGCUGCCGGGGUGAUCAGCCUUGUCGCUGGAACUAACUUUUAUAGGAAUAAACCGCCUCGUGGUAGUAUCUUCACACCAAUUGCUCAGGUCUUCGUAGCCGCGAUCACUAAACGAAAACAGAUUUGCCCUUCAAACCCAAACAUGCUUCAUCAACCUUCAACGGAUCUCGUUCAUGUCAAACCUCUCCUCCAUACUAAUAAAUUCAGGUUUCUUGACAAGGCUUGCAUCAAGACGCAAGGCAAAGCAAUGGAGAGUCCAUGGAGACUCUGCACAAUCGAACAGGUCCGUCAAGUCAAGAUUUUGUUAUCAGUAAUACCGAUAUUCGCGUGCACCAUCAUCUUCAACACUAUCCUAGCUCAGCUCCAGACUUUCUCAGUUCAGCAAGGAAGCUCCAUGAACACACACAUAACAAAAACUUUCCAAAUCCCACCAGCUUCUCUUCAAGCCAUCCCUUACAUGAUUCUCAUCUUCGUCGUACCUCUCUACGAAACGUUCUUCGUCCCACUCGCUAGAAAAUUAACGGGAAAAGAUUCCGGAAUAUCUCCUCUUCAGAGAAUUGGCACUGGACUGUUCCUAGCUUCUUUCUCAAUGAUCGCAGCCGCUUUAGUGGAAAAGAAGAGACGGGAAGCGUUCUUGGAACAGAACAUAACGGUUUCGAUCUUCUGGAUCGCGCCGCAGUUUCUGAUAUUCGGUUUAUCAGAGAUGUUUACAGCCGUUGGAUUAGUGGAGUUUUUUUACAAACAGUCUUCACAGAGUAUGCAAUCUUUUCUCACAGCAAUGACUUACUGUUCUUACUCUUUCGGGUUCUAUCUCAGCUCUGUUCUUGUCUCGACGGUAAACAGAGUUACGUCUAGUAAUGGAUCCGGGACCAGAGUAGGUUGGUUAGGCGAUAACGACCUUAAUAAAGAUAGAUUAGAUCUCUUUUACUGGCUUUUAGCUUCAUUGAGUUUCGUCAACUUCUUUAAUUAUCUUUUCUGGUCAAGAUGGUAUUCGUGUGAUCCAUCCGCGACACAUCGUAGCGCCGAGGUUAAUAGCUUGGAGGACUUAGAAGAUGGCGAAAACAACGAUUCCACAAAGGAAAAGCCAAGAAUUUGA